UAACUUUAGUAGCGUCACAUUCACGUUUAUAGGUUUGUUCAAAAACAGAAUCAAUCAACAGAUUCAACACAAUCAAUAGUCCUUUCUUCUUCUGCAUUCAUGUCCACUAGGCGGAGAAUUGGCGUCAGCAUCGCAACAACGGAGGCUGCAAGACGCCAACUCAUGCAGCCAGUUGUUUGCUGGGAGAAAGUAUGGACCGUUCCAGAAAAUGCCGUUCCAAAUUCUUCUGUGAAGAUCUACAAGUGGGUGAAGACAGAUAGAAAACAACCAACCUUGAAGCAAUUUAGUGACGAUGAAGGAGAAGUGGACGAACCACUAGCGCCCCUUCCCGACGAACCUGAGGUAGUGGAAGGAGACGAAGAGAUGGACCAGGACGAGCCAGUUGCCUCUGUAGCUCCCGAUGCAGAAGUACCUGCGGUGGAUACGGAGACGAACUCAGUUAAUCAGGAAAUUCCGUCAGAACCCCAAACCAAACCAUCCUCGCCAACACCUCCUGCACUUUCGCUCCAAGCUACUGAACCUAUAUUGGUCACGGAGGAGGUUGUAGACAUGUUGGACGAGUCACUCAAAGCUCUUGAUGGCGAUGUGGAUAUCGAAAUCGGUGUACACGAGAACGCCAAUCUUGAAGAAGUUGGAGACCUGGAUAUGACAGUGCUCGGGCCUGAUGGAACUACGUUUGAAGGUGUUCAUGACCUCAGUCAAAUGGACAGCGGCGACGCAUUAUUGGGUGGACCUCUCAUGGAUCACACAGUUGACCCAUUCGCUGUAAACCUGAAUGAUGAUGAGUCUGCCGAGGGAGCAGUUCCAUGACCCCCACUCUGAUUGCACCAGUUGUAGUUGCUCCUGUGCAAACUACUACUCGCUUCUUGCUACAACAAUGUAGUCGGUUGUUCUCGAUGCCGAAGACCCUGGAAUCGUACUCCCAUUCCCAAAAUUGACGUAGUAUCCAGUGCUGUACUGCUGCUCAUACAAGAGCAGUCGAGGUUUAUAUUCUUGUCAUUCUUAGGAGGAGAUUAUACUAUGG